GAUAGAGAGGAACCAGCCGGGAAAGUACUGGUAGACAGGCAGGCUGGAGGUGGAUCACACUGUCUGUAUGGCGAUACAUUGUAACUAUGGGGCCUGAGUGAAACAUUUUUACUUCUUCAUUCAGCUACAAAUGGAGACUUUGUUACUAACGUUGAUCGCUUUUAGUCACUACAUAGUUGCAACAGCAUCACCGCUACUGCUUUUCGCUAAUAGACGAGAUGUCAGAUUGGUUGAUGCAGAAGCAGUGCGACCUGAAUCCACUGUCGUAGUCAGUGGCCUGGAGGAUGCAGCUGCAGUUGACUUUUUAUACUCCGAAGGCACAAUUUAUUGGACUGACGUAAGUGAAGAAGCCAUUAAACAAACGUAUGUGAAUCAAACUGGGGAUGUGCAGAAAGUGAUCAUCUCUGGCCUUGUUUCGCCUGAUGGAUUAGCUUGUGACUGGUUAGGUAAGAAGCUUUAUUGGGCGGAUUCAGAAACUAAUCGAAUAGAGGUUGCCAAUCUCAAUGGAAUGUCUCGUAAGGUCCUUUUCUGGGAGGAUCUUGAUCAACCAAGAGCUAUUGCACUCGAUCCGCAACAUGGGUACAUGUAUUGGACAGACUGGGGAGAAAUACCAAGAAUUGAACGAGCUGGCAUGGAUGGUAGCAGUCGUUCUGUCAUUGUGGACACUAAUAUUUACUGGCCAAAUGGACUGACAAUUGACAUAGAGGAACAGAAACUUUACUGGGCAGAUGCAAAACUGAGUUUUAUCCAUAGAUCCAACUUGGAUGGCUCUUUCAGGCAAGAGGUUGUGCAAGGUACUCUGACUCAUCCAUUUGCCCUGACAUUGUUUGGUGAAACCUUAUACUGGACAGAUUGGCAAACCCGCUCAAUCCAUGCUUGCAACAAGAGGACUGGGGCAAACAAACGGGACAUACUUGUCAGUAUUUACUCUCCCAUGGAUAUCCAGGUUUACAGUCAAGAGAGACAACCACACAUUCAUAUCCCAUGUGAUGAAAGUAAUGGAGGAUGCUCUCAUUUAUGCCUGCUUUCCCCAAAAGAACCGUUCUUCAAAUGUGCCUGCCCAACUGGAGUCCAGCUGGAAAAAGAUGGAAAAAUUUGUAAAAAAGGUGCUGAAGAGGUCUUGCUGCUUGCCAGAAGAACAGACUUACGACUCAUCUCCUUAGACAUGCCAGAUUUCACAGAUAUUAUUCUUCAGCUUGAUGAUAUUCGACAUACAAUAGCAAUAGACUACGAUCCAGUGGAGGGAUAUAUUUACUGGACGGAUGAUGAAGUUAGAGCUAUUCGUCGUGCAUUACUGGAUGGCUCAGGGGCCCAGACAUUGGUAACUACAGAAAUUAACCACCCAGAUGGAAUAGCUGUUGAUUGGAUAGCAAGAAAUCUUUACUGGACUGAUACAGGAACUGACCGCAUUGAAGUGACCAGACUUAAUGGAACAUCUAGAAAAAUACUGAUAGCAGAAGGUCUCGAUGAACCUCGAGCUAUUGUCCUUAAUCCAGUGACUGGCUACAUGUACUGGACAGAUUGGGGUGAAAACCCGAAGAUGGAACGUGCAAACCUUGAUGGCUCUGACCGAAUAAUUUUAGUAAAUACCUCUCUGGGUUGGCCCAAUGGCUUGGCAUUGGACUAUGCUGAAGGCAAACUUUACUGGGGUGAUGCCAAAACAGACAAAAUUGAAGUGAUUAACGUAGAUGGAACUGGUCGUAGGGCACUUGUGGAAGAUAAGCUUCCCCACAUAUUUGGAUUCACUUUAUUGGGGGACUACAUCUACUGGACUGACUGGCAGAGAAGAAGCAUUGAACGUGUUCAUAAGCACCAUGCAGAGAGAGAAAUUAUAAUUGAUCAGCUACCUGAUCUUAUGGGACUGAAAGCAACAAAAGUGACAGAAACAUUUGGAACGAACCCAUGUUCGAAAAAUAAUGGUGGCUGCAGUCACCUGUGUUUGUAUGUACCUCAGGGUCCACGUUGUGCCUGUCCAAUGGGCCUAGAGUUGAUAAGGGACAUGAAAACCUGCAUUGUACCUGAAGCGUUCCUGCUGUUCUCCAGUAGGGCAGACAUCCGUAGAAUUUCUUUGGAGACCAACAACAAUGAUGUGCCAAUUCCAUUAACUGGGGUGAAGGAAGCAUCUGCACUUGACUUUGACAUUUCUGAUAACAAGAUUUAUUGGACAGACAUCAGUUUAAAGACCAUUAGCCGUGCAUUCAUGAAUGGAAGCUCUGUUGAGCACGUGAUUGAGUUUGGUCUUGAUUACCCAGAAGGAAUGGCAGUAGACUGGUUGUCAAAAAACCUCUACUGGGCAGAUACGGGCACCAAUCGAAUUGAAGUAGCACGACUGGAUGGGCAAUAUCGGCAGGUUUUGGUGUGGAAAGAUUUGGACAAUCCACGUGCUUUGGCUCUUGAUCCUUCUGAUGGAUACAUGUACUGGACUGAGUGGGGUGGUAAACCAAGAAUUGUCCGUGCGCACAUGGAUGGUACGAAUAGUGCUGCACUGGUGGACAGAGUGGGCCGUGCCAAUGGACUUACAAUUGAUUAUAUGGAGAAAAGACUCUACUGGACUGACCUGGAUACAUCAAUGAUUGAAUCUUCAAAUAUGCUAGGAAAACAGCGUGAAAUCAUAGCUGAUGAUCUGCCGCAUCCCUUUGGACUGACACAAUAUCGAGAUUACAUAUAUUGGACUGACUGGAAUCUUCGCAGUAUCGAGCGUGCUGACAAGAUGAAUGGCCAAAAUCGUACUCGUAUUCAGGGCCAUUUAGACUAUGUGAUGGACAUCUUAGUUUUUCAUUCUUCACGACAAGAUGGCUGGAAUGAAUGUGUGCAAACCAAUGGUCAUUGUUCUCAUCUUUGCCUCGCUGUGCCAACUGGAUACAGAUGUAGAUGCGCAUCACAUUACAUUCUUGAUGAUAAUAAUAGAACUUGCAGUUCACCCAUUAAUUUCUUGCUGUUCAGCCAGAAGACUGCAAUUAGUCGUAUGGUGUUGGAUGAACACCAGAGUCCAGAUAUAAUAUUGCCUGUACAUGGUUUACGUAAUGUGAAGGCAGUAGAGUAUGAUGCUGUCGACAGAUUAAUAUACUGGGUAGAUGGACGACAAAACGUCAUUAAAAGAGCUAGAGAUGAUGGCUCUCAGGCAUUUGUGGUUGUUUCUGGGCCAAAUCAAAGCCAAAACCCAGAUAUACAGCCUCAUGACUUGAGCCUUGAUAUCUACAGUCGAACUGUCUAUUGGACUUGUGAAUCUUCCAACACCAUAAAUGUUAAUAGACUUAACGGAAAGCCCAUCGGAAUAGUUCUUCGUGGAGAACAUGACCGACCAAGAGCUAUUGUUGUGAAUGCAGAAAGAGGGUAUAUGUACUUCACAAAUAUGUUGGAGAGGUCCCCAAAGAUAGAACGUGCAGCACUGGAUGGCACUGAAAGAGAAGUAAUAUUUUCAACUGGAUUGAUCAGACCUGUUGAUUUGGCAAUUGAUAAUAAACUAGGGAAACUUUUCUGGGUCGAUGCUGAUCUAAAACGCAUUGAAAGCAGUGAUUUAUCUGGUGCCAAUAGACUGACAUUGCAGGAUUCCAGCAUCCUGCAGCCAAUGGGGCUUGCGAUUCUUGGUGACUACAUUUAUUGGAUUGACCGUCAGCAACAGAUGAUUGAGUGCAUAGAAAAGACAACUGGAGACCAUAGAACAAGAAUUCAGGGUAGAAUUGUUCACCUGACUAGUAUCCAUGCAGUAGAAGAGCUGGAUGUCGCAGAGUUCAGUGCACACCCUUGUUCUCGUGAUAAUGGUGGCUGCUCACACAUCUGCAUUGCAAAAGGUGAUGGGACACCACGAUGCUCAUGUCCCGUACACUUGGUGUUAUUACAGAACCUACUGACAUGUGGAGAACCACCAACCUGUUCACCAGAACAAUUUACGUGUGCUACCGGAGAGAUUGAUUGUAUUCCAAUGGCAUGGCGUUGUGAUGGCUUUCCAGAAUGUGAUGAUGAUAGUGAUGAAGAAAACUGUCCAAUGUGUUCUGCCAAUCAUUUUCAGUGUGAAAAGGGCCAGUGCAUUGAUGGACGUUUACGAUGUAAUGGUGAAAUAGAUUGUCAAGAUAAAUCGGAUGAGGAAAACUGUGCUGUGAUUUGCCGUUCUAACCAGUUCCGCUGUAGUAGUGGUCAAUGCAUUUUGAAGAAACAGCAAUGCAACUCAGUUCCUGAUUGCCAUGAUGGCUCAGAUGAACGUCUUUGUGAAUUAACUGAAGCUUCAGUGAAUGAUUUCCAGUCUCACAGCAGUGCAAUUGGACCUGUUAUUGGUAUAAUCCUUUCACUCUUCGUAAUGGGUGGAAUGUACUUUGUCUGCCAGCGAGUUGUUUGUCGUCGUUACAAAGGACCUAAUGGACCUUUUCCACAUGAAUAUAUCAGUGGAGCCCCACAUGUUCCCCUCAAUUUCAUUGCUCCCAGCAGUUCCCAGCAUGGCACUUUCACUGGUAUGUCAUGUAGCAAGUCCAUGAUCAGCUCCAUGAGUCUAAUGGGAGGAAGCAAUGGGGCUCCACUAUAUGAUAGAAAUCAUGUAACUGGGGCCUCCUCCAGCAGUUCUUCAAGUACAAAAGGAACUUUCUAUCCACAGAUUUUGAACCCACCGCCAUCCCCAGCGACUGAUCGUUCUCUCUAUAACACCGAAGUGUGCUACUCCUCUAACAGUCCUUCCACUACCAGGUCUUACAGACAUUACAUUAUGCAGAGUGUGGCACCACCUACAACUCCUUGCAGCACUGAUGUAUGUGAUAGUGAUUAUACCACAAGCCGAUGGAAGAGUCCCAAAUACUAUGUGGAUCUGAACUCUGAUUCAGAUCCUUAUCCACCACCCCCUACCCCUCGAAGUCCAUACAUGUCAGCAGAGGAGAACUGUGAAAGUUGUCCACCGUCACCCUCCACAGAACGAAGUUACUUUCAUCUCUGUCCUCCCCCACCGUCUCCCUGUACAGAUUCCUCAUGAUUCUAACAGAAGAAACAUUUUUUAUAAUUCUGUACAUAGCUUUAAAUACAAACAGAGAGAAAGUAUAUUUUAUGAAUUAAAAGUACUAGAUGGAUGAGAUUAUCCAAAGGACAGUGUACAGAGAAUGUGAGAAGGUCGAUAGGGACAAUGGAAUUUUGUACAGAUGGAAAGAAAAAUAUUUAUAAUUUUGUUUUUUUUCUUAAGUAAAUACACCACUUGCAUCUUUGUGCCAUAUGCUAAUUUUACAGAACAAAUUGGGAAGUAAAAGUAUAAAACGUUCACAAAUGCAGGUACAGACACGAUGGGCCAGAUAGCCUAUUUCUGAGCUGUGUACUUUUAUUUAGGCGAAACCAUUUUAGAAAUGAAAUUUUUGAAUUUUAUAUUCAUGGACAUAAAUGGACAAUCGCUUAUUUUGUACUUUUUCUACCUUAUCAAAAUUACACUUGUUCUAUGAGGUUUAAAUUUUUCAUUAAUUAUAUUUCUAAUCAGAAUGUUCUGUUCUGAAAAGACAUAUUAUUGAAUUAUAAGCACAGUACACAGCCCUCAGUGUCAAUUACAUGAUAUUAAAAAUAAACCACUAGCUAGAAUUUUUUUUAUGUUUAGUGUCAUUGUGGGUCUGCAUACUAUCCUUUUCAUAUCAAGGACUUGUGUUUGUUUGGAUUUGGCCCAGACUGGUUGCAUUAAAAUCUGUAUAUUCAUUAAUUAUAAGGAUACUGCUGAAAUUCAUUUCAUAUUGUAUUGCAGCAGCUCCUCAAGGUUCCAAGUUCAAGACAGAAUAGUAAUUCACAACCCCGUUGUAGAUUCAUACUGCUAUUCUGUGGAUUCUUGGUGUGGAAAAAAUAGUAUCACCCUGGUACCUUUUAAAGAGUGCACUUCUUAAAUUCGGAUAAAAUUAUAUUGAACAAAAUGGAAGGAUUUUACAUUAUACCUGACCGAGGGGUACUUUUUAAUACCUCUAGUUGUCAUGAUUUUUUUAAAAUAAUGAAUGUUCCAUUUUAACACAAACACUCCUCAUUUUGUUGAGCACAAGAUUCUCCGACAAAAGAUUACAAGACAAAGUUCUAGUUGAUUGUUGUGUGAUUUGUAUUUUAACAUUAAAUUAUUUAUCAUGGAUAUUAAACCAAUUUUCUUCAAUAGAAAUUAUUUUAAUGUUUGGCUUUUGUUUCCUUGGCUUGUAUGUACAGAAAGUUGUAGCUAUCACUACUGAAAAAUUUUGAAGAGUGCCCAUUGUAAACCAUUUAAAGAACUUGCACACUAAUAAUAAAUAUCGAAGAUUUUGUUGGAUCACCAAGCUGCCUUAUUUAUCAUUAGCAUGAUUGUGCAUGCUUGUACCACUAAUUUGCUGCGGCAGCAUAAACUUAAGAGGAGGGACUGUUGACCAACUGCCUUUUGAUAUCAUUAUGGUAUGCUUUUAAUUCCAAAAAAAGAGCCUUUUGUGGAAAGUUGUUAUAAUACCAAUUUACUUUUUAAACAGCUGCAAAGCUUUCCAUUCUUAAAAUUUACCUCUUAGCACUAUAGAAGUUAAAAAGUAUAUUUUAUCUAAUUUCAUUGUGUUAUUUAUAAAAUGCUAUUAUUCACAGAUUAUAUGUAUAAUUUUCAGCAGCACUCUGUAUACCAUGAAAUGACUGUUUCUAUGACAAUGACAUUAACUUUAGCUAUAAAAAAGCAGAUGUUUGACAGAACUUUAUAUUCAUUUUUUUCUUCUAUUGUCUGUUAUAAUUACUGUGGUCAUAAGUUUGGUUAAGUCCCAUAAAAUGUGUAGAGCCCAGUUUGCUGCAUUUGUAUUGAGUGCUUGAUUCUUGUCUACGAUUGAAUGUUUAAUCAUUAAAGUAAGGACAUUUUUUUCAUGUUUCAAAUGGUGCUUGGCUGUGUGGGUGAAGUGCUGAUGGCCGACCUGUCUCCAAAACAUUGUUUACUAAAGCAAAGAGACAAACUUCAGAUUGUUCUCCUUUCCAGUUUUAACCUUUUCUGCUUCUCUUGUGCAUAACAUAUUUUAAACUUGUCCUUUGGAAAAUGAAACCUUGUGUAACUAUCUUUUCCUCAGUAAGUAGAAAUGCUGUUUGUUCAGUACAUUUUUGUUUUUCAUGGAUUUUGGUGCACAGUCUUUUCAAAUCUAACACAAAUGCAAGUAUCUAAGGAUGAGAUGGAAAUAGUAUAGAUUUCUUUUUAAGUGUAGAAAAGACUUCAUACUUAAUUACCACAUUCCUUGAUUUUGUUUUAUAUUUACCUCAAAUCAUAUACCAAAUUUCAGAUAUUAAUUGCCAUCUUUUCAUUAUUGAUGAAGCUGAGUAGUUUAUGGAAUUAAAGCCAAAUAUAACAGGAGUUGAGAGAUGUACAGUGUUUAGAAGGGAUCAGUGUCAAUUUUGGAAUCACUAUAAUCUGACAUUAUGUUGAAACAGUGUCAACAAUUUGGAAGGAGAAGGUUAUAUUUACUGUGGGGAAAAAUAUCGAUUCCCCCAUUGACUACUCAUGUAGCAUCCUUUGGUUACGUAGGGAGAGCCCAUCUCGCUGUUGCUGAUGUGGAGAAGUUUAAAUCGUUAGCUCUCAAUUUUGAAGGGUUCUAACGGUGCCUUACAUAAAAUUAUUGUAAAUGAUUUUUUUAAAAAGUGGCUUGUUAGUGCAUUUGUGAAAGUGUACCUUCAGCAGUUUUUAUUAAUUUUGUACAGUUUAUUGAAUAAUUUGUUUGUUGCUACAUAAGAUCUGAAAUGAAAACAAAAUGCUUAAAGUACACAGCAGGUCAGGCACCAGCUGUGGAGAGAAUUAAUGUUCCAGCUCAAUGACCCUUCAGAACAUCACCCUGACAUAUUUUCUCUCCACAGAUGCUGUCUGAUCUCCUGACAAUAUCCAUCGUUUUCAGGUUUUUUUAAUUAAUAGUUUAAACCACCAAGUAAUUUCAAUGUUUAGGCUAAUAAAGUUAUUUCCUUAUCUGCAUUAGACAAUAUUUUCUAAAACAAUUCAAGCAGUCUUUUCUCCCACUAUGAGUUUUGAAUGUUACUCUCCUCUAAAUUUGACUGUUUACCAUUUUAAGCCUCCAGUACAUCAUAUCAAUCUCAAAGAAAUUGCUCCAUGAACCUUGGUAAUGCUGCUUUUCCUUCAGCCACUAGGUGGUGCAAAAGAACAAACUGCAGCAAAACACUAGUUGCCUAAUAUCGGAAUGGCUACACUUGUUGACAAAACUAAAAUCAAAUGACUUAUUAUGUAAAGUAUCAUGAACCAACUUACAUGGACCAAAGAUUUUUCACGUUAAACCUUUAAUAUGUUAACAUCUGAUCAACCUAAACUGUUAAACUUAAUUAUCUGACUCUUCUUGAAUAAUACCAGUGACUGUCAAAUUCCCUUUGAUUUAAAGUAAUGUUUUUUGAAAAUAUUUAUAAUGAAUUAGGUGCUCCUAGAUUAUUUCUUGAAACUGCUAGUAUGUGGCGAUUAAGUUUUUUUUGAAAAAGCCAAUUUUAAUUUUGGGUUCUAUAAAUGAAUAGUAGUCAAAGAAGCAGGGAUCAAGUUCUAAAAAUAUCUCCUACAUCAAAUAGAAUAUAGAGAUCUGAGAAUGCAGAUAUAUAAAUCACUGAAAAAUGUAACAACGCAAGUUGAUAAAUGUAUAGAAUUUCAAGACAAAUAGAAUAUAAAACAGGAGAAUAAUAUUAAAUUUAUAUAGAACUUUGAAUAGAUCACAGAAUUCUAUGAGCCCUUUUGAUCUCUAGAUUAAAAAAGGAUACAGAAACACUGGACAAAUUUACAGAGAUGUUUCCAGAAUUUCAGGGAUUCAGCAAAGGUAGAGCAGGUAAAGGGCUUUUUCACUGGUAAAGAGAUCUGAUUCACCCCUUCAAAGUUUUAAAGGAAUUUGACAGGAUGGAUGUGAAGUGAAAGUAUCCACAUAUGAAUAAGGCAAGACGAGGGCCAAUAAAUAUCAAAUCACCACUAACAAGUAAACAAAAGAAAUAAGAGGAAUUUCUUAUCACAGAAUGGGUGAGAAUGUAAUAGUUGAAUGACAUGGAUGGUUAAAACAUCAACAUAUUUUAAGGGGAGGCUUAAUGUGUACAUGUGGGAGACAAGAAUGUAGGGAUAGCGAGAAUUGUUAAUUAGAGAGGAAGGUAGCUUCAUUUGGAGAAUAAGUAUUAACCUAGACCCAUACAAUUGAUUGACUAUUUUCUAUGUCAUAAAGUUACUAAAACUAAUGUGAAGUUGUUUGCAAUUUUUGGGUUUUGUACUACGAGAAAUGCAUUGAAGUUAUGGCUUCACUAAGAUAAUGCCAAGGAUGAAAAGGUGUCCAUUGCUAGCAGUGAAAGCUGAGGAGUUGUAAUGUAGGUUUUCAAAAUUCUGGUGUUUUUAAUUAUGAAUUCACAAAAGCCAUUUCUUGCUGUUGGGAGGUCAAUGAAAAAGGCUGAUGAAAUAGUGAUGAAAGAGCUGGGAGAAGGGUUUCUCAGAAAAACAUUAAAUUUUGAAAGCGGAGGAGAUGUAAAGAUUUGAGGAGGAAGAGUCAGGUAAGGUUUGGAUUGCUGUGGCAAAGACAACUGACUCCUUUGUAAAACUGUUUGUGUUUAGUAGGAGGUAGCAUCGAAUAGUAAUGUAGUUAUUUCCCUGCAUGGAAAUGCAAUUUUAAUGUAACAUAUAUUGUUUCCUAAAGUAUUCUCCUUGCCAUCCCACCCUACCACCACCAAUGCUUGCCUACAUUUGUUAAUUGUAAACUGUGUUUAAUUUUAACUUGGUAAUGGCCUGAAGAUUUAGAUCAAGGGUAAACAUAGUGGUGCAUUAAAGUUGAAUUGGAUUUAACUCCUGAAAUUCAAUUGUGAAAUCAGGUUAACUCAAAUUUGACUUAGUUUUGGUUGAAAUUGGAAAGCACAGCUUCCCACCCCCACCCCCCACCCCCCCCACCCCAAAACCCCUGCCCCUGCCAGACCCCCCUCCCACCCAAUAACAUGUUGUGAUAUCUUUCAGAUAGUAAUGUUACCAUUUGUCAUUAUAGUUGAUGUUACAAGCACAUCUCUGAAUGGGGCUCCCCAAUCAAACUGAAGUUUGUAAACAAGUUGCUUUUAAUAACUACCAAAAAACAAAUAGUUGCAGCCAGAAACAAAAAUGCUUAGGAACAGUUUUGAAAUCGUAGGCUACUAGACUACGUGGAAUUUCUGCAGCAAGAAACUGUAGUCUAACGCAAACAUGAUGGGCAGACAAUAGGAGAGUGACUUUUCCAGUCUUCUAACUUUUUACUGGCAGCAGAAAUGGGUUGCCUUAGUCACCAGCUUUUGUUUUGUUAAAUGGUGUUUGUUUCUCAUGUUUAAAUUUAUGGCCAGCAUUUGAUAUAUUCUCGCUCUCAGCUCCUGGUGCUCACGUCAAAACCUUUUGAUUGUAUUUCUUUGUAUGAAAAAUUUGCAAAGACAAUAUCAAAUUACUACAUUUGUAAUAAAGAUGC